UUUCGCUCAGUCACAAGACCAAACUAUAGGGAGUCUUUGAAAUUACGGGACACGCACUUUUGUCAUAUAAAAUAAAAUUGUGCGAAUAUAAUUCAUUAUUUAUAUGAAAAUAAUUUUACGAAAGAAUGUGACAACGAAGUGAUAAAAAUGAAAGCGUCUUCAUACACGGUGUGUUUACGUUCAUUACAGAGAAGCGUCCAAAAUAGAUUCUUUUCUUAGACAUCUGAUUUGACCCCGAUACAAUAAAGAAGUUUGGUGUUGACUUCGGCAGUGAACGUAGCUGUUGUAUGAAAAAUCGUAGUUAUGAAUGAAGGGAAGAAUGAAGAAAAUAUAACCCUUACAAUUCCUAUUAUAAAAGCUGAAUCCGAAACCCAAACAAGUGGUCAAUUGGUACCAAAGAUUCCCAGUACUAGUAAUUUUACAGAAACAGAAAUGGAGAGUGAACAAAAACAAAAUAUGUCUAUUAGAAAACGAAGAAAUUUAUCAAAAAAUCGAACCCAAGCUGCAAGGCAAAGGGAAAAAACGCCAGAGCCUGGAAGAACCCCAAUUCAUGAAGAUACAACUACCUCGGAUGAUGAAGAUAAUCUACCACAACGCAAUUCUAGAGAAAUAGAAGCUGAUAGUACCUAUGAAGAAAUGAAACGACUAGUUCAACAAAAAGCAAGUGUUAAAGAUCCUGUUUAUGAUUUAGAUACAGACGAAGUUCUUGAAGCAAGGGCUUUGGCUGCUAAUGAAAGAAGACGUAGGAGUAUCUCGCCUUUUGCUUUACCAGAUAAAAUUGAGGAAGAAAGCAAAUUAGAACGCAAGGGUAGUUUCAUUGAUCCAACUAAUAAAUUACUAAGUACUAAUUAUACUAUAAAUCUUAAAGAUGAAGACAAACAUCGUCGAAAUUCUCUAUCUAUGGAAACUCCACAAGAAAACAGAUCUUCAAUGUCUCCUCCUACGCCUAAAAAUACAUCAUCUAAAGAUAAUGAAUUUACAUACCCCGCAACUCCUAAAAAGUUAGAGGAGAUAGUUUAUCCAGACGAAAAGAAGCAAGAUGAUAAACAUAAAAAACUAAAAACACCAGUAAAAAAUGAAGAAGUGUUUACAUUUGAUGAUAAAGAUAUCAAGGCAAGCAUGAAGGCAUCCACUCCAAAAGCACCGGAAACCCCUGUAGUUCCUGGUGAGCUGGUAACAAAAGUUAUACAGGUAGAAAGAACCCCCAGUAAGAAGUUAACAGCCGACAAGAAACCUGUGGUCGAAGUAAGAGAGAGGGUUGUUAGAACUCCAAGUAGAAAAAUGUCAAGUGAUGUCAAACCUAUAAUUGUAAGACAACCCGUUUCUAAACCAAAGGAAGAUCAACAAACUAAAGUGCCUCCCGUGAAACCGGCGCGGAGUAAAUCUGCCACGAGAUUUGGGAGUAAAACUAGUGAGAGUGAGAUGAGUGAAGAUCAAGCGAAGCAACAAAAAUCUAAUACACUGGAAUCAAGACGUAAAGUUGUACCAACACCACGCCGUUUUAUGAAAAAUAGAUCGCCAAGAGCUAAAAGAUCUCAAUCAGCUAACAGAGUUGAACCUAUCCAAGUGGUAGACAGAUCCGGUAUGGGUAUGAGUCAAACUAGUAGAGAGAUUAUAGAAUUAAUGCAGAUAGCUCGAGCUCGGAGUUUGUCUAUUCCGAAAGAUGAUCCAAGACUUCCAUCUGAAUAUAAAGAUUAUAAUAAAAAUUUGCGAACUCCCACAAAAACCCCGUCUACGCCAAGACAUUCAAGAGGUAUUUCAUGUCCCAAAACUAUUCAAAUAAUUAGUGACAAAGAAAUAUUGUCUGGCCUGACGACGAAUCAGAGAAUAGAUAUAGAACAUGAAAAGCGUAGUAGACAAAGCUCAGGCUAUAUAGAUGCCAGCCAAUCUGAAUAUACUUCUAGUUGUUAUUCUACAUCUCCUAGUGAAAAUGAGUAUGAUUUUGACUUAUCAGAAAGAACUGCCGAGUUAACUCAUAAACUAAAUAUUUUAAGUCAAAAUUCCGAUGAUCGCAAGACUUUGAGUAAUAUACUAUUAGCUAACGAUAACUUUGAUCAGCCAAAAGCAGAAAAUCAAAUUAUACAAAAACCUACUCUGAGAAAAAGAUCAUUAAUAGAUAGUCAAGUAGACGAUAACGAAAAAAUAAAGGCGGAACCUCAAUUAGCACAAAAACAUACACUAAGAAAAAGAUCUCUGAUAGAUAACAAGAAAGAAACGAGCCCUGCAGAAGUAGAUAAUAGCAUUAAACCAAUAACUGAAGACAACAAAAAACAGGUAAAAUCAAAAUGGAAAAUCAUACAAAAUUGGCAGCAGUUUAAACAAGAACAUUCAGCAGAAUGUAAAAAGAUAAGGUUAUUACGAAACAGAUGUAUUUCAGAUUUAAUUCUGUUAAUAAUUAUGUGUGGUUUGGGCGGUAUGAUGUUUAGAGCUUUAGAGGGAUCUUUUGAGAAUGCAUACAAAUGUGGAACUAGAGGUGUUAAGCGCGAUUUUAUAGAAAGUUUGUGGAGAGGUAGUCACUACAUGAGAGAAGAAGAUUGGAAAUCGAUGGCAAGGAAGAAACUAUACGAAUUCGAAAAUCAAUUGCAUACCGCGCAUGAAGCUGGAGUUACGUCGUACAGUGGGCAGAAGUCAUGGAACUUUAUGAACUCAUUUGUUUAUUGCUUGACUUUAAUUACAACCAUUGGUUAUGGUCACAUAGCUCCAAAGACGAGGUAUGGGCAAGCUGCUACCAUAGUAUACGCAAUUAUCGGUAUCCCAUUGUUCCUGAUAAUUCUAGCUGACUUCGGUAAACUCUUCACACGGAUCAUAAAGUUCUUCUGGGCCUUUAUAAGACGAUUCUAUUACACUAGAAGCUGCAGGAAAGUUAGAAGAACAGCGCCUAUGCAGGAGGUCAUGAAAGGUCUGAACAUCGUCUAUGAAGUAGUAAGACGACCUUCGCAGAUCUUUAACGAAGAUGAAAUACAUAGUCAUCCAAAUGGUGAGAAUGGAGAUGACGCCGAUAAAAAGGACGAGCAACCUCCUGCAAUAGAAGCAAAGCCAAGUGAUGUACCACCACCUCUUCCUCCCAAACCUGGUACUGUUCCAGAUGUUGAUGUCGAGACUGAUCUUGGUACACCAGCGCCAUCUGUCUUUGAAAUCGAUGAUGAAUUCAAUCUGCCAGUGUCUGUGGCUGUCUUCAUUCUUAUAGUAUACAUUUUUAUUGGCGCAGUUUGCUACAGUAUGUGGGAGACUUGGGACUUCUUCAAGUCAUUCUACUUUGUUUUUAUUUCUAUGUCAACAAUAGGUCUAGGAGAUGUAGUGCCCGACCACCCCAUGUUUAUGAUGUCCUCUAUACUGUAUUUGAUCUUCGGUUUAGCAUUCACUUCUAUGUGUAUUAAUGUUGUACAAGUUAAAUUGACUGAUACGUUUAAACAUGCAAGUGCAAAGCUUGGUGCUACUAUAGGUUUGCAGGUUUCUGAUGAAGAUGGAAGUCUUGUAGCUACCACUCCCGUUCCAGUAGAAAUUGUACCAGUACAUAAACCAAGAAAUGAAUUACAAUCACAAGAAAGCAAAAGUAAAGAAGAAAAUGACCAAAAAAAUAGAUAAAAUAA